AUGUAUUGUAUCUAUGGCUGUAGGAUUUUAGACACAGACUACGGGCGCUCAAUUACGAUUAGUGGCGCCAGUCGGAUGGGAUCCCGGGUCACGGACAUUGACGUCAUUCUUAAAGGCCAUAUCAGACCACACUAUAAAUUCUUACACUGCCCUCCACCACGACCAGCUACUCCCCAUUUACGCUACCAACAUCUAUCACGAAUUUACACGAAAACAAAAAUGGCCGUCUCAAAGCACAUUAAACGAGGACAUCCUAUUCUAUUCGGACUGCUGAUAUUCUUUGGGAUUAUUGAACUAGCUAUUUCUGCAUGGUUGACAUCUCGGUUCGCGCAAAGAAAAGACAACCUCAACACCACUGAACGAGACCGAGUUCGGUAUAUCCUCUUUGCAUCCAUUUGGACCGUAGUCCUAUCCUCUAUAUAUGCACUCCUGUUCUGGCAUUCAUCGUCUGGAUCGGUGCUCACCAGCGCUUUGUCCCACCUCAUCUAUCUUCUCCUGACCUGGGUGAUCUGGACAGCCGGUGCUGCGGCUGUUACCGUUAUGCUCGGAGGAGGGCUCAAUUGCAACAAUCCGUCUGGCUUUGCGUAUUGCGGCCAACUGAAUGCGCUCGAGGCAUUUGCCUGGAUUGAGUGGAUAUUAACCACUAUCGCACUCGUUGUUGUAAUCCUUCGUGCAAUCACCGCCGCGCGUCGUGGGGAUGGUAUUCGUGGUUCACUGGCAUAA